GGGGUGGGUAGCCAGAUGAUUCCAGGGCUCUGUGCCGUAGUCUGAGUCUGCGAACCCGCGCUGAUAACACGAGCCAGCGUCAAGCACUGAUCUCUGAGGAGUCUGCUUUUGUGCAGAGCAACCUGACCGAGGAGGCAGGGAGCAGCUUUUACUCUCUGAAUCAUGGCCAGGUACCACCUCCGCCAAUCAGGAUACCUGGCUGACGAUGAGGCUAGUCACAACACAUACUUGGCCCGGGUGCGGCCACCCAAGAAGCCACCAUUUGCAGAAAUGGAGUCAUCCUCCAAGCUAGGUCGUGUGCUCUACCCACAACCAGUGGGUGGCAACUCAGUGUUCCAGCGCCACCACCGAAACCCUAAGAGCACCCAGGCCUUUGGCAACUUCCUGGAUUUUCUGACUGAGGGCCAAGUGCUGGACAGACUGCAGUCAGUGGUGGAGCAGGCAGCAGAGCGAAUGGCUGCCUUGAAGACAGAGGCUGGAGUACCACUGGUGGAUGUGCAAGACCCACUGGAGAUGCCAAGAGGUGCACGGCGUACAAGGGCCCGCCCCACUUCUAGGACUGUGCACCAGCACCGAACUCAGCCCACACUGUGUCCAGGACGCAUCAACAAUUACCCGUCCUCCUCCAGCUCUGGGUCUGACUCCCAUAGCAGUGUCGUGGCUGGCUGGCCGGGCUCCAACAAAAAUCUGGACCCAGGUGCCCGAGGCAUAGGCUCACUGCCACCUGUGAAGGACAAACUCCUGCUAGAGAAAAAUCUCAAGAGGUUACUGCGGCUGGAAAACAAAGGGAAAGUCUGGAGUCAGUGCUGCUCUCAGAGGGACUCCCUGCUGUGGGACUCACUUAGCAACCAGACUAGUAGCCAGUGGACCCGGGAGCAGCCCUUAUCCUGGAUCUCGGGGCUUGUAGGCUCCAGCUCCUCCACCCCUGAAGCAUCAGAGCUGGAACUUGGAGAAGAGGAGCUGAUGUUCCUCAAACAAGAGUUAAAUGAAGUAAAGUCACUGGUAAACCAACCAGCAUCCUUCAACCUGCCUGGAUCCUCUUCGCUCCGAGAACCCUACCACACUCUGGACUUCUUGGCUGAGCAUCAACUUUUUCCUGCCCUGCAGAAUGUGGUCCGCCAGGCUGUGGACAAGUUCAGAAGUGCACGCCGCUACAAUGGCCUCCCUCUCUUCCCUACCAUCUCAAAGUCCACCCCAGUGCUGUCUGGAAACUCUGAUCUGCUGCCACCUAACUCUAAACAGGCCACAUCCAUCAACGCAGAGGACAGAGAGGAACCCUAUGAUUCUCCCACCACAGUGUCUAGCCCCAAGACAGUUCACAAAAAAAGCAAGGGCAGUGGAGACUCUCCCUCCAUGUCUAAUGCCACCAGAUCCAGGCUCAAGAGCCCCAACAAUAGGUUCACAAAGAAGAAACCUCUGCCCUCCAUCUCAUCCAUUUCCAGCUUGUCCUACAUCUCCAACCCCUGUUGUGAGGAGCUCACCAACUUCUUGAUUAAGCAGGCAGUCUCCUUGCUUAUCUGCAAGUACCAUUUUGAGGACAGCCUCAAUAAACAGCUUGGCUUCAACUCUUCUCGCGUUACCAAAGCUCUCAUGGACAUCUUUCUAGGCUUCAAGGAGGUGAAGGGCACUGAAAUCCGUCUGUCCUCAGACAUCAACUGGAGCUACCUGCUGCACCACCUGGAGGAGGCUGAGGUGACACGACAGUCCACAAAGCACAUCUCCCGGUCAAGAGCCUCCCAGCGGGGCUCACAGCUUGCUGCCUCCCAUGUUCACACUUCCCAACACAGCACAGGGCCCCCAUUCACAAAGCCCCAGCCUUGCAAUGACACAAACCAGAACCAGGGUACAGAGUCUCGGGUCUCCCCUCACUCUGAGUUGCCCAUCCAUCAGCUGCUCGAUCCUCGGGAUCCUGGUACAGCCCAGGAGCAGAUACCUCACAGCCUAUCAGAGCCCAAGAUAUCUGUGCUGUCCAUCAGUUUAGCCUCCAGCUCUCCCGCACGCAAGGAUAUGGUGGUGAACAUUGAGGAUGGUGAGGGCAAUGAGGAGAGUAAGGGCAAGGACAGUGAGAAGGAGGAAGGCAAGGGCUCCUCCAUGGACAGGACCAUGUCCCCUGGCCUACCUGAGCCUGAGACCCAGCUAGAAGCCAUGAACCCCAGUGAUCUCCCUUAA